AACCACUUCGUAGAAGAAGAAGAAGAAGAGCUACCGGCUGACAAAUGCUAAUGUAGCUACAUAUCAAGUGUUUCAGCCGAAUAAUUCUGUUUCAGCUUUUUGGAAUAGGUUAGAAAUUGUACCACUGGUUUUAAAAAGCCUUUUACUGGAUUAAAUCUAAACGCUGCACAUAAUGUUGGCUGCAGGAGCAGCUGUAACGACAGCACUGGCACAAGUGGACAGAGAGAAGAUCUACCAGUGGAUCAAUGAGCUGUCCAGUCCAGAGACCAGGGAGAACGCUCUCCUGGAGCUCAGCAAGAAGAGGGAGUCGGUACCGGACCUGGCUCCCAUGUUGUGGCACUCCUGUGGAACCAUAGCAGCCCUGCUGCAGGAAAUCGUCAACAUCUACCCAUCAAUCAACCCGCCGACCCUGACAGCACACCAGUCCAACAGAGUCUGUAACGCCCUCGCUCUCCUCCAGUGUGUCGCCUCUCAUCCAGAGACACGUUCGGCUUUCCUGGCUGCACACAUCCCGCUGUUCCUCUACCCGUUCUUACACACCGUCAGCAAAACACGGCCGUUCGAGUACCUCCGCCUCACCAGCUUAGGAGUCAUAGGUAAGAAAUCGUGCUUUGGUGAAACAGAUGAACAGGAGGUGAUCAACUUCCUGUUGACCACAGAGAUCAUUCCUUUGUGCCUUCGUAUCAUGGAGUCUGGAAGUGAACUCUCCAAAACGGUUGCCACCUUCAUCCUGCAGAAGAUUCUCCUGGAUGACACGGGGCUGGCAUAUAUCUGCCAAACGUAUGAGCGCUUCUCCCACGUCGCUAUGAUUCUGGGUAAAAUGGUCCUGCAGCUCUCCAAAGAGCCGUCUGCUCGCCUCCUCAAGCAUGUAGUGCGAUGUUACUUACGGCUCUCCGACAACUCCAGAGCCAGAGAAGCUCUGCGACAGUGCCUCCCCGACCAGCUCAAAGACACCACCUUCGCUCAGGUCCUGAAGGACGACACCACCACUAAGCGCUGGCUGGCCCAGCUGGUGAAGAACCUGCAGGAGGGUCAGGUGACCGACCCCCGGGGGAUUCCUCUCCCCCCGCAGUGACCGUCCUUCCUGCUCCUCUCCCAACCCCAAGGAACACCAGCAAGGAACUGCCAAACAAACGACGGGCCUUCAGUCAUGGACAGCACAGUUUUUAUGAGAGACUUGAAACAAAAAGAAAACCCUGCUGCCUCCUCCUGUUUCUGUUCAGAUGUGCAAGCAAACGGCUUGAGCUUCUGCCCUUCUGUUCUCAUGGAUCCACGUUUUUAACGACAUUUGUUGCCUUGCCAUGUGGUCUGCAACUGAAUGUUGCAAAGCAUAAAGCAGGAUCAGCUCAUUCAUUCUGUGGAUGUAAAACUAAUCAGCAUCCACAAAUGUGUGCAGCGAUUGUCACAUUGCUGAAAGUGCACUGUGAAGUGAAGACACGCAUUGGACUAGAAGUUUUAAUGUUGAUUAAUGCAGAAAGAAAACUCACCUGGUUCUUGCACGCAAGAGAAGUCUGUCUGAUAGGACUUAAUUUACUUGCGUUUCUUGGAUACAUUCUUUUUUUGUUGUUUUAUUGGCAUACAAGCUUCUCAUGUGAACAGCAAAAUGAAUGAAAAGACAGGAGAGAAACACUGUAAAGCACAAUUUGUUUGCAAAAAAGAAAUGCAAAGUCAGUUUUACUGCAGCAGUUACUGCAUUAUGAAUCAAGAUCAAGAGUUUAGCUUCAAAAAUGUAAAUGAACAUUACUUGAAUUUUCUUUUAAAGUGUAAGUGCAAUAAAAAUGUCUGUAAAGUCUUUAAACGAUUGUAAUAAACACCAGUAGUAAUUGUGAUGAUA